AUGUCUGAAUCUACUACCUCUCUCACAGCUCAUGCUGAGCGCGGCGAAGACCAAAUCACCGACCAAAACAUUAUCAACAAUUAUUUCAUCGGCCCACGUGGUGCCAAUAUGCCCGAUUUCAGAGCAAACAUCAACACCGUCCUAGAUGAAAUGCUUGAAACCAGACUAGAUUAUUACCCCGAGGAUAAUAACCAAAAAUUUGUUACAAAAGAUGUGCGAAGAUCAAAGGAGUUCCAAAAGGUCAGGGACAACUUUAGUGAUGUCAUCCGAAAGGUUGCCCAGCUCCUGGGAGAGCACUCGGUGCCUUUCUGGUCUCCCCGUUAUGAAGCCCACAUGUGUACCGACUUGACCAUGCCUUCCCUGUUGGGAUACUUCAUGACGAUGCUGUACAACCCUAACAAUGUUGCCCUCGAAGCCAGUCCCUUGACCACCGUUGCGGAACUAAAAGUGGGAGAGCAACUUUCCGAGUUGUUCGGAUAUAAAACUCCUCACACUCCUGAUCCUGAUGGAGAGAGAAAGUGUGAGCCAGAGUCAUGGGGCCAUAUUACCUGCGAUGGUACCGUGGCCAAUUUGGAAUCCAUUUGGGUUGCACGAAACCUAAAGUUUUACCCAUUGGCUCUCUCUCAGGCCAUCAAGAAGGGAAACCUUAAUUUCAUCAAGGAUCUAUUCGAAGUUGAGACCUGUAAGGACGGAAAAAAGAAUUUUGCGACCCUGGAAACUUGGGAUCUGCUCAAUCUGAAGCCUGAAACGGUCCUUGAUCUGCCAGAGAAGCUGCACAAAGAGUUCGGCAUUUCGAGUGACUACCUCAAGGAUGCUCUGGACAAGUACAACAUACAAUCAGCGGGUCUAAAUCCUGAUGAAAACGACCAGCUCUACAAGAGUCUUAAGCCGAUGAAGUAUCUUCUGGCGAAGACUCGUCACUAUUCAUGGCCGAAGGGCCUUGCAAUUGCCGGACUGGGCUCUGCAAAUCUCCUGGAAGUCGAUGUUGAUGACGACGCACACAUUGACAUUGCGCAGUUGGAAGAUAAGCUGAACGAUUGUAUCAAAAACAAAAUUCCAGUCUAUGCGGUUGUGGCCAUUAUUGGCUCCACUGAAGAGGGUGCUGUCGACCGACUGGAGGAGAUUGUUGAGAUGAGAGACAAAAUGCAGAAGAAAGGUCUGUCUUUCCUCAUUCAUGCUGACGCUGCCUGGGGAGGCUACUUCGCCACGAUGCUGCACCGAGGGUCAAAUGGAAAGCCUAAACUUGGCGAUGCCGACAAAGGUGCUGUGCCGGCCUUGACCCUGCGAAAGGAAACUGAAAGAGACCUUUUGGCACUUCACCGUGCGGAUUCGAUCACGGUUGACCCGCACAAGGCUGGUUAUGUGCCAUACCCUGCAGGAAGUCUGGUAUACAAGGACGGUCGUAUGAGACACCUAGUGACAUGGUCCAGUCCUUAUCUUUCCCAGGGGUCUUCGGAGAAUAUCGGUGUCUAUGGUGUAGAGGGAAGUAAACCUGGAGCUGCCGCCAUGUCAACAUGGCUUUCUAACCAGACCAUUGGCCUGGACCCAGAUGGAUAUGGAAAGCUGCUUGGUCAAGCAUCUUUCACGAGUUCCAGAUUAUCUGUGCGCUAUGCCGUUCUGAGCAACUUCAGUAAGGACCGGAAGGACCGGAAGAACUUUAUUUGCGUCCCGUUCAACAGACUACCCAAGGAGAGACAAGGAUAUGCUUUCGAUUCCGACGAAGUUGAAGAGGAACGCGACGAGAUAAGAACGCUCAUACUGGAACAGGAUAACGAGAAACUGAUGAAGAAUCCCAAGGCAAUGGACCUGCUGCGUCAGCUGGGCUCCGACACGAACAUCAACGCCUUUGCCCUCAACUUCUAUCUCGACAAAGAGAAUACAAAACUUAACACCGACAUUGAGGAAGCCAACUACCUGAUGAAGAGAGUCGUGGACAGACUUUCAAUCACCACUGCAAACACUGACCCAACAAAGAUCCCGGUCUACCUGACCUCUACCAAGUUCGAGCCCAAGUUGUAUGGAAAAUGCGCAAAGACCUUCAUGAAGAGACUCGGACUUACCGAAGUCGAGGAAGACCUGUUUGUCCUGCGCAAUGUGGUCAUGAGUCCAUUCCCCACCAAGCAUUACUUCAUCGGCAAGCUCUGGGACGAAUUUGAGAAGAAAGUGAACGAGGAGGUUGAAUACGUCAGGGAACGGAACGAUCCGACGGCACAUAAAGUCCAAUUCCUUUUGCAGGGCACUAAACCGACCGGAAAGACAUUCCUGGUUCUACAAACUUCGUUCCACACUGCUACUCUUCGACAGCAGCUCAUUGUCUCUGCAGACCUCGCAGACAAUUUCAAGAAGGAUUAUCUUCGUUUAAAGGGCCAAAACCCAGAGGCGUCGCUCCUCUUGGUGUCUAAACAAAAGAUCAAUCUUGAGGAUUGUAUUAAAAGUCUUCCUGUGCAGCCUUUCAAGUUCAGCGCAGAAAUUUUCAGCAAGGCACAAUAUCUUCACCACCAGGAGAAACUCAAGGAGAGCUCCGAGGAGAAGCCCUUACCCCCGUUAGCUAACGGAGAGGUGACCAUCUCAAAAGACGACAUUAUCAAGAGCCGACCCUUGAACACGAUCAACCGAGACCAUGAGUAUCCCCAGAAAGACAUGCCUUUUUACCUUUACGGCACUCCCGAACAGAUGCACAUUUCCCACGUGCUUCUUCGAUCUCCCAACAUCGCCCUCUCCGCUGCCAAGGUCACCUUAUCAGCCAAGGAUGAAAAUUCGCCAAAGCCGAAAGAGCACAUCCUUGCUGGCGAUCUCUCCGGCGGAUUGAUCCUCGCCUUGACCGACCACCGAGAAGCUGCCAUGCAGCCAUUCCCAGAAAGGGUAUCUGCGACAAACAUAGAUAAAACUCGCGACACCUUCUUCUUCAGCAAUGGAAAGACGUUUUCUGUUGCAGUGUGGAAGGACCCAAAGAAGAACGCUGACAAGGGUCCAGACCUGCUGAAGAAUAUCGGACAGCCCUUUUGGAGUGGAUUGUUGAGUCUCGGCCCGGAUUUGGACUACGAUUCUGUAUGGCCCAAUAAAGAUCUCGCGGCUCAUAAGAAACUCGAUUGUAGUCACUGGCAGAGUGAGCUUUCGGGGAUCCCCAACGUCCUCAAUGACAAAUACGAGGGCUAG